UUCACGUAGCACUUAGUUAGCCUAAGUUAGCCUGUCUUCUAAACCUUGUCUCAAAGUAGGUUUAAGCUUCACAAACGUGUCCACGUCGUUACAUAUUCUUUCAUGCAGUUGCUUCUGUGACGGUCGCCACAGGAGAACAUUAGUCGGCCUGGAUACAGGGUUAGCUCGUGAUGCUAACGCGUCGCUGCCGCUGUCAGUCUGCUGACAGGCUACCGUUAGCCUGGCACCAGCAGUGGUCAGCAGCUAGCAGCUAGCAGCUAACGGUAGGACACCGACAGCGGUCAAACGAAACGAGACAAACUAGUUCACUUCUUGACGGUCGUGCGCUGUCACCGGCCACAGAUAUAAUGUAACCACACGUCAGCUGAACAAAACGGUGGAGGUGUCUCACAGUCGCCUCUUGUCCCCGGUGUCCCCCUGCUCCUGUCUCCUCCUGCUCCUGUCCUGAGCCUCAGGUGACACCGCCCACACGACCGCUCAGGAGCUGAGUGAUGAGUUGUAUCAGAAGAUAGCAGCAGAGAUGAACCUGUCAGAAACUGUUUUCAUCACCACGAUCAACCCCUCUGACACUUUCUCCACAGGAUCAAGGUUCCGUCUCAGAUGGUUUACACCGACCACUGAAGUGAAUCUGUGUGGUCACGCUACUCUGGCCUCCGCUGCAGUGCUGUUCCAGCAUAAGAAGAAUGUGAAUCCUGUACUGGUGUUUGAGACCAGGAGUGGAGAUCUGGCGGUCACCAAGCAGAGCAAGGGCUACGUCAUGGACUUUCCUCUCAACCCGCCCACCCAGGAGGAUCCUAGUGAGUUCAGAGACAUCAUCAAGGCAGCAGUUGGAAACCACCCAGUUCAGGAUGUUUAUCUGAGCGACAACACUAAGAAACUGAUGGUUCGACUGGCUGACAGCUGUGACAGGUCAGUGUUAACCAGUCUGAAAGUCGACCCCGUCACUCUUCAGAGAAGUGAGAAGAGUGGAAGAGUCAAAGGACUCAUUCUCACCAUGAAAGGGUCUCCAGACUGCCAGCCAGGAUACGACUUCUACUCCAGAUACUUUGCUCCAUGGAAUGGAAUCCCAGAGGAUCCCGUCACAGGUUCUGCUCACACCGUCCUCGGUAGCUACUGGUCUAAGAAACUGGGGAAGAAGAAAAUGCUGGCGUACCAGUGCUCCAGUCGAGGUGGGGAGCUGGAACUGGAAGUGAGAGACGAUGGGAGAAUCAACAUCGCUGGACAAACUGUCACUAUUCUGCAGGGAACCAUCACACUGUAGUUACACACUCACACUCAAGCAAAGAGGGUUUGAGAUGCUGAAACAGUCAACUUGUUCCUGAGAGUAGAAGAGGACACGGGCAACAAAAUACAAGAAAGAAACAUCAUACACUUUGUUAGGAUUUGUAUUAUUUAUU